CAGCCGCUCUAACUCUUCCUGUACGCCGCGGUAUGUAAUUGUUAUGUAUCGGUUACAACUGAGCCUCUUGACACGGGCUUUGGUGAUCAGACGUUGGAGUUCCGUGUGUUUACAACACCAUUUAGGGGCCAAAAGAAAGAUCUCAGUAUGGCAGAACACUGCACGAACGACCGGCAGCCAACAUUCAACAAGCCUAAGGUCGAGCUCCAUGUCCACCUGGAUGGCGCCAUCCGUAUAGAGACCAUCCUGGAUGUGGCAAAGCGACGGGGCAUCUCGUUACCGGUGGACACAGUUCCUGCGCUGAAAGACAUCUGCACUGUGUCCAAGCCAGCCACCCUGACAGAGUUCCUCGGCAAGUUCAACGAAUACAUGCACGUCAUCGCAGGCGACCGCAAGGCUAUCAAGCGGAUCGCCUACGAGUUUGUGGAGACCAAAGCCAAGGAGGGAGUGGCCUACGUGGAGGUGAGAUACAGCCCCCACUUCCUGGCCAACACCGGAGUGGAGCCCCUCCCCUGGGACCAGAAAGAAGGAGACAUCACGCCGGAUGAAGUGGUGAGGCUGGUGAACGAGGGUUUGAGCGAGGGAGAGAAAGCCUUCAAAAUCAAAGCCAGGUCCAUUCUGUGCUGCAUGCGUCACAUGCCAAACUGGUCCAUGGACGUAGUGGAGCUGUGUAAGAAGUACCGCAAUGAUGGAGUGGUGGCCAUAGACCUGGCUGGAGAUGAGUCCAUGAACUGUGAAGCAUACCCUGGCCACAGGAAAGCUUAUGAGGAAGCAGUCAAAUGUGGAAUCCACAGAACAGUGCAUGCGGGUGAAGUAGGCCCCCCUUCUGUCGUUGAAGAGGCAGUGGACGUUUUGAAGGCCGAGCGGAUUGGACAUGGCUAUCACACCGUGAAGGACCCAAUUCUCUACAGCCGCUUACUGAAAGACAACAUGCACUUUGAGGUGUGCCCAGUUUCCAGCAAACUUACAGGAGCAUGUGACCCAGAUUUCACCAAACAUCCCCUCAUCAGGUUUAAGGAGGACAAAGCCAACUUCUCCCUGAACACUGACGAUCCACUCAUAUUUGACUCCACGUUGGACACUGACUAUGAGACUGUGAAGAAGUACAUGGGCUUCACUGAGGAGGAUUUCAAGAAACUGAACAUCAAUGCAGCCCAGGCCAGCUUCCUUCCUGAAAAGGAGAAGAAGGACCUGCUGAAUCUCCUCUACGAGGCCUACGACAUGGUGUGCAGCACAGGCCUGUAGGGGGUGCCCAGCGGAGAGAGAGGGAAGAGAGGAGGAUGGAGGGAGAACAGAGUUGCCCUUUACAGGAACGAUAAAGCGGAACAGGGCUACUCUCUUCCUGUCUGCCAUUCUCUGUUCCCUUCUUCAAGAACCGCUUUGUCACACAUGCAGUGUUUAAACAUCAUCAGUACGCAUCACAGAACAUGUGGUUCCAUAAUCUACUCAAGGAACUACUAAACUGGUGCUGCACAUUUCAUGCAAUCAGCGUUUUUAGUUCAGAGUCUCAGGGAAAGAUGUCUUUCAUAACCACCAGUACUAAACAGUACCCCCCCCCCCACACACACACACACACACACUAAACCUCUAUAUGUGGAUGCAUGUAUAAAGGAAUGUAAGAGCUGUAGAAGUUUUUCUUUAACAAUAAAUUUAGCAGUCUUUAGUUGAUUCAUUUAAUGAUUAGCAUUUUUAUCAAAAGUCCUCACACACCCACAUCCAGCCUUACACCAAGGCAGGGAUUUUCAACUGGUUUUGUCCCAGGGACCACCAUUCUGACUAGAAAGU